AUGGAUAAAUCGUUCUUAGACGUAGGUGGUGCAUAUGUAAACGAAUCGCCUAUUCGAGAAAUGUUUGUGCAUUCUUUUUUACCGUUUUCCACGAGUGCGUUGAAUAAUGGCGAUGAAAUCCGUAUAGAAAUUCAAAACCGAGAUGCACAUACGUUACCGAGCGAUAGUUUUAUCUAUAUUGAGGGUAAAAUAACACAACCCGAUGAACUUAAGACAGAAAUAAGUUUAGCGCACAACGGUCUAACGAAUUUGUUUAACGAAAUGAAAUACGAGAUUAACUCUACCGAAGUACAACGGGUUAAAAAACCUGGGAUAACUAGUGCGAUGAAAGGAUAUUGUUCGUAUUCGCCUGCCGACGCGAAUAUUUUGCAAAACGCUGCCUGGGAUAUCACUGGCCACAAUGCUAAUUUCAUUAAAGACGGUUCGUUCAGUGGAUGUAUACCGUUAAAGCAUGUUUUCGGUUUUUGA